CAUCGAAAAGAUAUUAGUUUAACACUUUCUAAAUCAUCCACUAAAAUUUUAAACAGUAUUGAAGAUUUAAAUGCUAAUAAUUACAGCUGCUGCAUUUGUCGGCAAAAAAAUGGUUGCAUUGAAAUCUGCAAAAGUUAUUUUCAGGAUUUUGGUCGAUGUCAUAAUUGUGGAAAUUUAAAUAUAAGAAAAAAUUCAUGUAAGUAUUGUAAAGAUAUUGAAUAUGCCUGUAUGAAAAGAUUUUGGGGAGAUGAUAUUAUGCCAAUGAUUCAAAUUGCAGAGUUAGCAGAAUGGAUAUAUAUGCCUGAAGAAUUAUUUGAAAUUUGUAAUUCCAAUCAAGUUGCAUUGAAAUUGCUUACAGAUUCAAAAGAAAUAGACCAUAAAUUUGAAAAAGAGUUAAUGGCAAAUUUCCGCUGUUGUUCCAAAUUUGUUCUGCCAAUUUUGGGAAUUUUUGAACAAGUGAAUAAAUGGACUAUUGAUUUGACGAAAAAUGCACAAACCAAAGAUUCACUUAUGUUUUUAAACGCAGAUCGAGAAAUGAAGAGUGAAGAAUUUCAAUUAUCAGAAUUAUCAUCAAAUGAAACUGUUCAUCCUGAAGCAUCUCUUAUAAGCAAACCUUUGCCUCCUUUACAAAAUUUAACUUUAGAUCUUAACAAAUUUUUUGAAGAUGUUUGA